AUGGCGGGCAUUGUGAAACAACUGUUGGCAAGGCCGAUACAGGUGGCGGAUAUGGUGACAAAGGCUGCGGAUGAAGCACAAUCUUUUAAACAAGAAUGCCAAGAGAUUAAAGCCAAGACCGACAAGCUAGCCGGCCUCCUCCGUCAAGUUGCCCGAGCUAGCAAUGAAGUUUACGAACGCCCGACACGGAGAAUCGUGGAUGACACCGAACAAGUCCUUGACAAGGCCCUAACGCUCGUUCUCAAGUGUGGUAGAACUGGUCUCUUGGGGCGACUUUUCACCAUUAUUCCUGCAGCAGCCUUUAGGAAACUGUCGAUGCAACUCGAGAAUUCUAUAGGAGAUGUUUCGUGGCUUUUGGCUGUGUCGGGAGACAAUAAAGAUGAUGAAUAUCUGGGUCUUCCUCCCAUUGCGGCGAAUGAACCUAUAUUAUGUCUUAUAUGGGAACAAAUCGCUAUUCUUUACACAGGUACGAUAGAAGAGCGGUGCGAUGCUUCUGCUUCAUUAGUGUCUUUGGCUCGGGACAAUGAUCGGUACGGUAAGCUGAUCAUCGAGGAAGGAGGAGUCCCUCCAUUGUUGAAAUUGGCAAAGGAAGGGAACCCCGAGGGUCAGGAGAAUGCGGCAAGGGCAAUUGGGUUGCUCGGACGUGACGCUGAAAGUGUCGAACAGAUUGUCAAUGCUGGUGUUUGUGCAGUGUUUGCGAAAAUCCUCAAAGAAGGUCGAAUGAAAGUUCAAACUGUGGUGGCUUGGGCUGUUUCCGAAUUGGCUGCACAUCACCCCAAAUGCCAAGACCACUUUUCACAAAACAAUAUAAUCCGGUUUCUAGUCAGCCAUCUUGCCUUCGAGACCGUCGAGGAACAUAGUAAGUAUAGUAUCGUGACCAAGCAAGCGUCAUCGAUUCAUUCGGUUGUUUUGGCUAGUAAAAGUCCGGAAGAUCCCCAGAAAAAGGACCCUGAAGGCCAGAGUCAUAUAGAUCAAUCGAUGGGGAAACAAGCAGCAGCGCCUAGCCAAAUGCAAAAUGUGGUUACCAACACUAUGGCUACCAAAGGCAAGAAUGUUGGAAGCUCAGCAACACCACCGCUACCCAACAAACAAGCUAACCAUCCCAAAGGCGCCCACCACCAAAUUGCUGGUGCCAGGUCGCAUCACCAUGUCCCCAUAUCUGGAACUAGCAUUAAGGGAAGGGAAUUCGAAGACCCUGGCACUAAAGCACAAAUGAAAGCAAUGGCAGCAAGGGCUCUGUGGCAGCUUUGCAAGGGAAACCUCAGCAUUUGUCGUAGCGUAACUGAAUCCAGAGCUCUAUUAUGCUUUGCUAUUUUGUUAGAGAAGAGCACCGACGACAUUCGGUACUACUCUUCCCUUGCAUUAAUGGAGAUCACGGCCGUGGCCGAGCAAAAUCCUGACUUGAGACGCUCUUCUUUCAAACCUACUGCCCCUGCAGCCAAAGCAGUUCUCGACCAAUUACUCAAAGUCAUCGAUAAGGGGGACUCGGACCUCCUCAUUCCGUGCAUAAAAUCAAUAGGGAACUUGGCGAGGACAUUCCGAGCAUCCGAAACGAGGGUCAUCGGGCCGUUGGUGAAACUAUUGGACGAAAUGGAAGCUGAAGUUUCGAUGGAAGGCGUGUUUGCACUUAACAAGUUUGCGUCACCGCAAAACUACCUCCAUGUUAACCACUCGAAAGCCAUAGUGGAGGCGGGCGGGGUGAAGCAUUUGAUCCAACUGGUUUACUUUGGGGAACAGAUGGUGCAGUUUCCAUCAUUGACUCUUCUGUGUUACAUUGCGUACAAUAUUCCCGACAGUGAAGUGCUUGCUCAAGAGGAAGUGCUAAUAGUGCUAGAAUGGGCAUUAAAGCAAGCUCAUUUAGCUGGAAAUCCCGACAUUGAAGGUUUAUUACCAGAAGCAAAGAGUAGAUUGGAACUCUAUCAAUCCAGAGGUUCAAGAGGAUACCAUUAAAAUUCAUCUCUGUGAAACAUUUUAUAGUUUCAAUUUUGUAACUU